AUUUUAUUUACUUUACCAUAAAUUCGUGGUGAUUAGUUUUCACGCAGCUAUCAGAACAAGUUUGAAAACAAUAAAUAAGUGCUGGAUUCUAAGUAGAUAAAAAAUGGACGAAAAUUGCAAUGUAGAAAGCCCGAAAAAAAUGACGAAACAUUCAAUCGAACAUCUUACGACAGUAACAAAAGAGGGACCAGAAAAUCCUCCGUCUAAACGCGUAAAUAUCAACUGGGACAAUGAAAAGAAUGCAGGGACACGACGAAAGAGCGGCGAGAAAUCGAUUUCAUACACAGAAAUGAUUGCAAGAGCAAUCUUUGCAACCUCAAAAAACAUGUCAACUUUACAAGACAUAUACGGCUUUCUUGAAGCGAAAUAUCCUGUACUGCAAAGUCGUGCAAAAUCAUGGAGAAAUAGUGUUCGACAUACGUUAUCGUUAAACGAAUGUUUUACGAAGAUUCCACGUGUCAACAAUGGUAAAUGCUGUUUUUGGUCUGUACAUCCAGUGUACUUGCAUCGUUUUCAAAAUGGCGAUUUCCAGAAACAACGAAAAAAUGGAAUAUCAAAAUAUCAUACGUUCAAUAGAAGAUAUCAAGAAACGCCACCCAACUGGCCGAACUUCUACGCAAUGGAAAGACGUUAUGACGUUGAUUCGUCACCAGAUGUGUAUAAACCUUGGUUCACUCCAUAUCGCCCCCCAGAGGAGGUACAAUAUCACCAAAUACUACACCAUGGUUUUAACAUGUCCCCAAACAAUAUACAACCAUCGCCCUAUGGAUACAUGUACCCUCCCCAACCCACAUAUGCACCUCCAUUGCUACGAGCAAUACCAUCACAGAUUGAAAGAAAUGGGUAUGCAGAAAAGCUAUCUCCUCUUCCCGAUCAAUCGUCGAAGCCUUCAUAUCCACAAUUUAAAGGAUUGGAAAAUACAGACAUGACAUUAAGUCGGCAAAAUAAAGAGACUAGUAAAACUUUAAAAGAUGCGUCAUCCUUUAAACUGUUCUCACCAUCGGAGAAUACAAAAAACUUUACUUGGGACAUGAGACAUAAGCAGAAGACUGAUUUUGAGUUCACACCUUUCAGCCACCACGAAGCGCCAUUGUAUCAAAAUCACUUUUACAGUACAUCAAUGUCCGGCUUCAGUCACUUGUCACCAAGUACACCACAGUCUGAUCCGACAUUGCUAAAGCAACAGCGCUAUUACAAUGCUUCCGCUUCUGAGCUGUCGCAUCGAAUUUAUCUGUCAGCGUCACCAAACAACGGAUUUUCAACACCUUGCUUUGAUAAUUAUAAAGACCAGCAUUCUGUAAAAAAUUAAUCAUAACAAGAACGUAACUUAGAUGGCGCAGAAAAAUACCAAUUCAUCAGUUUUUGUCUGCUCUAAAGAUAUUUUCUUUUAAAUGUUCUAUUAAUUUAGUGAUUUUUAUCUGUAAAUUUAAAUAGUUUUACGUAACCUUGUAAAAUAAAUAAAGGACUUAUGGACAAGAUCAACAAUGUUAUGAACAUAUCUUCCGGAAUAGAACCUAUAUCAUAUAACCUUUCUGAGUAGCGGCGAUCCAACCCCCGUUCCCUAGUCAUUUUGCUUUUUUGAUGAAUUUAAU